CCUCCCAAUGCAAAACUCAUGUAUCUACCACAAACAAGUACUCUUCUUUUCGUUCAUUCUCUCCUCAGCUUUUUAGUUUAAACCAAGUAAAAGUGCUAGAAUGGCAAAUGGGCAGAUGAAAAAUGUUGCUGCUUUGCUUUUGGUACUUAAUUUCUGUAUGUAUGUCAUAGUUCUGGGCAUUGGUGGGUGGGCUAUGAAUAGAGCAAUAGAUCAUGGAUUCAUCAUUGGACCUGGUUACGAGCUUCCAGCGCAUUUCUCGCCCAUUUACUUCCCGAUGGGGAAUGCUGCUACCGGGUUCUUUGUUACAUUCGCGUUGAUCGCUGGUGUUGUGGGUGCUGCCUCUGUAAUCUCUGGUCUUAACCAUAUUCGGUCUUGGUCUGUCGAGAGCUUGCCAUCCGCCUCCACUGCUGCUACCAUCGCUUGGUCUCUCACCGCGCUUGCUAUGGGCUUCGCCUGGAAAGAAAUUGAUCUCAACAUCAGGAAUGCUCGUCUGAGGACAAUGGAAGCAUUUCUAAUCAUACUUACAGUAACACAGCUCCUAUACUUAGCAGCGAUUCACAGUGCAGCGACCAGUCGGAGAUAAACUUGAUUUUUCAGACGAUGUGAGAUAUAUUUGUUUUCAGUUUGUCAUUUUUUUAUUCUGAUAUUGUUUCCAAGUUUACUCAAUUGAUUUGUACAAACCCAGGAAGGGAUUUGGAUUGUUUGUUGUUGUGAGAUUUCUGUAAUUGGUGUGAGAAUUAUUGAUACUUGUUUGAAUGAAAAAUAAAGAACGUGUGAACUACAUGAUCCCUA